AUGGCUUUUCUUGAGAUCAAUGUUUCUAAUUUCACUAUGAUCUUGUCGGGCAUUAGGCUUUCCAAUGCCACCAAUGACAGUGAGAACUGCAGCGUCUCAAUUAAAGGUAUCCUUCAUCAGCGUUUAAACUUUUUUCUCAUCUCGGUAGCCUUUUGCCUCGCAGGCACGUUGUUGGCCAACCCACUGCUUCUAGUGCUUAUUUUGUUAACAAAAAGGUUCCGCCGAGAAACGAGGUAUCUGCUUCUGGCCAAUAUUUUGGUGUCUGAUCUUAUUUUCCUAUUCCUUAACAGCUUUAUAGCAAUUAGCAUUGCAGCACAGCAGUGCAUGCCCAAUCUCCUUUGUGAUGUUGCAGUAAUUGGACGAACUAUAUCUGACUUCAGCAGUGUCAUAACCAUCACUGUUAUGGCAAUUGAUACCUACAUAGCAGUUAGUUUACCACUGCGCUACUUGUCGCUAAUACACCCGUCACGAACUGUCAAACUUGUAAUUGUGAUUUGGAUUCUAGCAUCAAUGUAUCCACUCACUUUACUAACUGGGAUCCUGGCAAAACAGCCGGCUCUCACUCACGGCCACAAGAUGUGUCUCAUAUUACUGACCCCAGAUUUGUGUCCUUUCAACCACCAGCUGAUAUUGGGUAUCAAUAUUUUCCUUGUGUGCAGUGUUUUGAUUUGUUUCUUAAUGGUAUUGUACUGCUACGUCAUGCUGUACUGCAAAACCAGGAGCUCAGGGAUCUGGGACAGUCUCAACUCCAGGGCACGAAUGACCUUGCUGAUACAUGGGAUCGUGCUCUUCCUGUAUUUUGGCCCCUGUUUGAUUUUUAGCUUUGAGAUUGUGUUCAGUGACUCACACCUUGUCAACCCCAGCACUAGAAUGUGGCUCUACAGUGCCAACAUUCACAUUUUCAUGAUGCUCCCACGACUGCUGUGCCCUUAUCUUUAUGGCCUGAGGUACAGAGAACUGGCAGAGGCAGUCAAGAGGCUAUUCAUCAUCAGAACGUGUUGUGUACAUGCAAUAAACAGAUAGGGGCCCAGAAUUUCUGCAGAGGGCUAGUCCGUAGCGAAAAAAAAAUCUUUUUUUGAAUGUGGGCA